CUUACCUUUCUCUUUUUUCAAGGUAAAAUAUCUAUCUCAUUUUAAGUGCAAAAAUAUUUGGGGAUUUCAUGCAAUGCUAAGAGUAAAAGUGAGAAAGAGAGUGCUAGUGCAGUCUAAUGCAGAAACAGAAAACAGAUCACUUAUGUCGUUAAUCUCGACAUUCCACUUGGGAAUUCAAAGAUGGCAUGGGAGCUUCACAUGUGUCUCGUACGCUAUUUUUUACGUCUAGAAAGGCUGGAUGACAAAUGGAAGGAAUUAUCGAAAAAGGCUGAGAGAUCGCUCGAAGGUCUAGCUAAUCGAAUAGAGCAAUUGCGCCAUGUCACGAAUGAAAAAAUAGACGGAGCAGAAAAUAGCAUAGAUCAGGAAACGCGGGAAAGAUUGAUAUUUAAAGUCCUUAUGGACCUCGAGGAAGAAAUUGCACUUCUUUCGAAUAUCCUGAUGCAAUUUAAUGAUAUCAAUCAGGAUUUGAAGAAUUAUUUGGUUAAUUUAGAAAACGCUAGAAACAAGAUAUCUUUAAAGGACAAAUUAAUGCAAGAAUUAAUUAAGGGAACAUCUUAUCGACCAACGCUUGAACUACUCCUGCAAUGGGCUACGGAGAGUUAUCAAUUUUUUCAUAAUAUGUAUCUUCGUAUCAGCGAUUGUAUGAAAUCAAUUGAUUACAAGACAGAGGAGACUGUCAGCAAUCUGAUUUCUUCUUUCAUGGAAGAGGAUCGUGGAAGAAAAUACAUAAAUAGCCACAAGAAAUUGCUUAUCAUCGAUCUGUAGCGCUCGCCGUUGACGGUUAUGGCAACGCCCGCUUUGUUUUAGAAGAAGUACGGACCGAUGAUUCCGCCAGACCAAAAUCCGCAUCAAACAGUGACUUUCUCGGGAUGCAUUUGGAGCUGGUGUAUCUCGCGUGGAAUUGUCCCAAUUUUGACAAUUUUGCUUGUUCACAUAUCCAUUCAAAAAUGAGCCUCAUCGCUAAAGAUGAUUUGUUUGGCGAAAUUUGGAUUAACUUCCAACUGCUCCAGAACCUAAUCAGCGAACACACGGCGUUGUCUAUGGUCGUUUACCUUAAGUUCCUGGGUCAGUUGAAUUUUAUAGGGGUGCAGACCCAAGUCCCGACGCAAAAUUUACCAAGUUGAAGUCGCAGAAAGGCCAAGGUUCUUGUGAACGAGAAAUUGGCCUCGGGUUUUCCCGUACACUCUCACGUAUAACAGACGAUGUUUUCAGCAGACCUUGCGUUUCGGCGACUGAUGUUGGUUGAUUAUUUAUCGAAUCGGUUGACUCGAAUUUGGCCACCAAACGUCGAAUAGUCGACUCGGCAGGAUGGUUGUGGCGAGAAUAAA